AUGGCUGGUAUGGAGGAGGCUCACUGUGACAGGACAGAGUUCCUCAGCUCAUACAUACCGUCCACUGUUGAUGACAUCAUCCUGAUCCCGGGCUCCCUGGGCAGGAUCCGCUCCAGGUACCCCAACAACUCCAAAUAUGAUGCCAAAUCUGUUAUUGCAAAUCUUACAUGUAAAAAGACAGAGCAGCACUUCAAGCCCUAUCUGAAGCAGCAUCUCCCCAAGCGCCUUCACUACGCCAACAACAGGAGAAUAGAGGACAUCCACCUGUUAGUGGAGAGGAAGUGGCAUAUCGCAAGGAAGUCUCCAGAAGGAGGAAAGAGGCACCCUGGGAAAUGUGGUUUUGCAGGAGAUCACGGUUAUGACAACAAGAUAAACAGCAUGCAGGUAUACCAAAGGUAUGAACUUUAUAACGUCAUGUGUGACCUGCUUGGCCUGAACCCUGCCCCUAACAACGGGACUCAUGGCAGUCUGAACCACCUGUUGAAGAGCCCGGUCCACAAGCCCACCGUGCCAGAGGAGGUGUCUAAACCCACCAUCUCAGGUCCCAUCAUUACUCUGACCGAUGACUUAGGCUGCAGCUGUGAUGACAAGAACAAAGUGGAAGAGCUUAAUCAGAGACUGAGGCAAGCUGUCGAUGACAGCAAGAACCUCCCUCAUGGUCGGCCUGCAGUUCUGUUCCGUACUAAAUACAGCAUCCUACACCACAGUGACUAUAUCAGUGGGUACAGUGAAUCACUGUCUAUGCCCCUGUGGACGUCCUACACAGUCUCCAAACAGGUAUGUCAUACAGGACACAGCAUCCUACACAGUCUCCAAACAGGACACAGCAUCCUACACAGUCUCCAAACAGGACACAGCAUCCUACACAGUCUCCAAACAGGACACAGCAUCCUACACAGUCUCCAAACAGGACACAGCAUCCUACACCACAGUGACUAUAUCAGUGGGUACAGUGAAUCACUGUCUAUGCCCCUGUGGACGUCCUACACAGUCUCCAAACAGGUAGAAGUAACCCCUCUACCAGAGCAUCUGACUAACUGUGUCAGACCUGACAUCCGUAUCCCUCCGGACUUCAGCCAAUCCUGCUCCAACUACAAGGCAGACAAACAGAUCUCCUUCGCCUUCCUCUACCCUCCACAGCUGGCUCCGACCCAAGACGGCAAAUUUGAUGCAGUCCUCAUCACUAACACCGUACCCAUGUACCCAGCAUUCAAAAGAAUAUGGAGCUACUUCCAGAAGACUCUUGUGAAGAAGUAUGCCAUGGAGAGAAAUGGGCUCAACUUGAUCUGUGGGCCCAUAUUUGACUACGACUACGAUGGCCUGAGAGACUCGGCAGAGAAAAUUAAACAGUAUGGAAGUGGUUCAGGGCCCAUUCCAACCCACUACUACUGUGUGUUAACCAGUUGUCUGGACUUCACCCAGGCUGAGGACAUCUGUACUGGACCUCUUAGCAGCUCUGCCUUCAUCCUACCACACCGCUCAGACAACGACGAGAGCUGCAGUAGCUCUGAGGACGAGUCUAAGUGGGUGGAGGAUCUGAUGAAGCUGCACACGGCCCGGGUCCGAGACGUGGAGAUCCUCACGGGCCUGGACUUCUACCGUCGGACUAGCCGGAGUUACCCUGAAAUCCUCUCACUGAAGACUCACAUGCACACGUAUGAGAGCGAGAUCUAAACCACUGUCUCCCUAC